AUGACACGGAAGAUGUUCGAUUUUCUAUAUGAUAAUCCCUGUCUUGCAUGGACUGAAGACACUCUAAUUUUCAUCAGUUCCGAUAGUGAUCAGGCCGUUAAAGAAGUACUUCAAUACUUUCCUAAUUCAUCUAUUACUGUGCCCGGUCCAAUCAUGCAUAUUGAUCAUGUUAAUAAAAAACAAGCACGUAAACAAGACAGGGAGAAGAAUUGUGCUGGUUUGAUAAAGGUUCUCACUGAUUUUUAUGUUCUUGGCGAAUGUCAAGCAACUCUACUUUCAUAUAGCGGCUUUUCAAUCUGGGCUAGUCAACGAAGGAUGAAUCCUAAUGGUAAAAUUUUCAUAUAUGAUGAUCGAUUAGAAGAUCUCAGAGCAAGAAUGAAGAAUUUAUAUCAGAAAAGUCGUCAAAAUCCUAUAUCGGAAGAUACCACAUUUGCUGAUCAUCAGGAUGGUACAGUAUCAGCGACACUGGUACAAAUUUUAUCUCAAAAGAACGAUCGUAAUGAAUUGGAAAUGCUUGUUGGCUCGGUUUCUCUUACUCGACGUCCAUCACAAGAUUCUUAUUUAUGUUGUUCACAUUGGGAACAACAUAAAGAGCAAGUUAAAACAGCUUUACAAUAUAUCUAUGGAAAAGAAACAGAAAAAGAACUAACCCAGGAACAAAAAAAAAUAACUAUUGCACUAUGUUAA